AUGGGUCGGCCCUUUGGAGUUGCUCUUAUAUCUCACUUCUUACUUCUUAGGUACUAUCCCUUCUUCCCACCCACCUUGCACGACUCCUCCCCAUCGCGCCGCUCGCCCAAGCGCAGCGCCGCGCCACCGCAACCCCGGGAGCGCCCUCCUGCGGCCCCGCUCGCCCUCCUCGGGUUGCCGCUCGUGCCGCUCCCUCGUCACCGGCCGCCGCUCGCGCCUCUCUUUCCUCACCAGCCGUCGCUCGCCCUCCUCCGGUCGCCGCUCACCCUCCUCCGGCCGCCGCUCGCCCUCCUCCUUGCUCAGGGUAGCCAAUUCUUCAGCGCUUGCCCCAACCCCCACCUCCACCCCUCUCCGAUCCCCCAACCACCGCCACCACCGCCUCCGAUCCCAUCCCCACCCCCCUCCUCCUCCUCCCCCGCCUCCGGCAUGAGCGGGGCGGCGGAGGAGGCGGACUCGCCGCCGACGCACAUGUCCGAGGACUCCUCCCCGGGCUCCUCCUCCUCCUCCGGCGGCAGGCGGACGCCGGAUCUGAGGGGCGGCGACAACGGCGGCGGCCCGCGCUCCUCCUCCUCGGCCCCGCCCGACCAGGUCCUGGACAACGUGCUGGAGAGCGUGCUGGAGUUCCUCACGGCGGCCCGCGACCGCAACGCCGCCUCGCUCGUCUGCCGCUCCUGGUACCGCGCCGAGGCGCAGACGCGCCGCGAGCUCUUCAUCGGCAACUGCUACGCCGUCGACCCGCGCCGCGCCGUCCAGCGCUUCCGCGCCGUCGCCGCCGUCGUGCUCAAGGGCAAGCCGCGCUUCGCCGACUUCAGCCUCCUCCCCGACGGCUGGGGCGCCAACGUCAAGCCCUGGCUCGAGGCGCUCGGCCCCGCCUACCCGUGCCUCGAGCGCAUCUGCCUCAAGCGCAUGACCGUCACCGACGACGACCUCGGCCUCGUCGCGCGCUCCUUCCCGGGCUUCAAGGAGCUCUCCCUCGUCUGCUGCGACGGCUUCAGCACCCUCGGCCUCGCCGUCAUCGCCGAGCGUUGCCGGCACCUGAGGGUUCUGGAUCUGAUCGAGGACUAUGUGGAUCAGGAGGACGAAGCAGUGGACUGGAUCUCCAAGUUCCCAGUGUCAAACACAUCCCUAGAAUCCCUCAUGUUUGACUGCGUUGCUGUCCCAUUCAACUUUGAGGCCCUAGAGGCCCUUGUGGCACGCUCACCCUCUCUUCGCCGGCUGCGUGUGAACCACUACGUUUCGGUGGAGCAGCUACGCCGUCUCAUGGCACGGGCUCCGCAGCUCACACACCUUGGCACUGGGGCCUUUCGUCCUGAGGCUCCACAAGGUGGAGGCAUGUCGGUGUCUGAACUCGCACCCUCUUUUGCAGCCUCAACGUCUAUAGUCUGCCUCUCUGGGUUUCAGGAGGUCAACCCUGAAUACCUUCCAGCAAUCUACCCAGUGUGUGGUAAUCUCACCUCCCUUAACGUUAGCUUCGCGAGCCUAACUGCUGAGGAUCUGACACCAGUCAUUCGCCAAUGCCACAAACUUCAGACAUUCUGGGUUCUUGAUACUGUGGGUGAUGAAGGCCUCAGGGCUGUGGCUGAGACAUGCUCUGAUCUUCGUGAGCUGCGAGUAUUUCCGCUGGAUGCCACCGAAGACUCUGAUGGGUCUGUGUCAGAUGUUGGGCUUCAGGCUAUAUCCGAAGGUUGCCGAAAGCUUGAAUCCAUACUUUACUUUUGCCAGCGGAUGACAAAUGCUGCGGUCGUAGCUAUGUCCAAUAACUGCCCUGACCUUGUGGUAUUCCGUCUUUGCAUCAUGGGUCGCCACCGCCCUGAUCGUAUUACUGGGGAGCCCAUGGAUGACGGCUUCGGCGCGAUAGUGAAGAACUGCAAGAAACUUACUAGGCUCUCAGUCUCUGGCCUGCUCACUGAUACGGCAUUUGCAUACAUUGGGCAAUAUGGCAAACUAAUAAAGACUUUGUCUCUUGCCUUCUCGGGGAACAGUGACCUGUCGCUUCAGUUUUUGUUCGAGGGAUGCACUCGGUUACAGAAGCUUGAGGUCAGAGAUAGCCCAUUCAGUGAUAGGGGACUGCUUUGUGGUUUGGAUUAUUUCUACAACAUGAGGUUCCUGUGGAUGAAUUCAUGCAGGCUAACCAUGAGGGGUUGUAGAGAGGUAGCUCAGCGGAUGCCUAACUUGGUUGUUGAAGUAAUGGAGGAGCAAAAUGAGGAUAAGGUGGAAACAGAGACUGUUGAUAAGUUGUACCUGUACCGCUCACUAGCAGGGCCAAGGGGUGAUGCACCGCCAUUGGUGAAAAUUUUGUAGUCAUCGCUUAUUUUGUGGGAGUUUGGUGGUGAUCCGAAGCAGAACUUUUCUUGUCCUACUGGACCUGCUCAUCCUUGUUCUGUUAUUCCUGAACGAGAGCUGGUCGUUUUGUGUUCUUGAUCAAGUUAACUGGAGCCAGUGGACGGAAGUUUCCUGUGGAGGGUUUUCAUGAUUCCACAGGACGCAACAAUGUAUUAUUCACUGGACCGAAGGAGCACCGGCAUUGCUUACGCCUCACGAAUUCACAAUUGUUCUCAUGAUGAGGCGGCAUUUGCUGUUGAAGCAGUUUGGGUACCUCACUACAUGUGUAUCAUCUUGAUCAGCAUCUGCUAUGCCGGGAGCAGUUGAAGACAAGGGAAUCAGAUUCCGGCCUCGCGUCGAUCCCAGUAUUGCAGCACAGAUGAGCAGGGGCUGAUUGCACUCAAGAGUCCAGUUAGCGCUUCUGUUUCAUCCAUCCAGACAGAGGAGUGGGCAUGCCAAUGUGAAUUCCACUCUGCUACCAUCCAUGUACUUGUGCUUAGAAGAUGACUAUGGUAAAAGAAAGCCUCCCCUUUGUUUGUACUUUGUAGCCUCCCUCGAGACAUUGUUGUUUUUGUAGACCCUCCCCCUUGUAGGCCAUUAUUAUUAUUAUCUCUUGUUACAUUCAA